UUCACUCUGGUUCUGAUAACUCAAAACCCAAAAAUCCUUUCUCAAAAUUCUGCAAGAACACCCCAAACACUCAUGCCACAUUUAUUACUAUACGUCGUACCCAGACUCCACAACAAAUAGCAUUUUCACAUCAAAAUCCCAGUCAAACCUCCAACAGUUGGAGUGGAUAAUGAUCAUUGAUCAACCAAGAUUUCAAUGGCAACAGAGGUUGUGGAAAUCCUAACUAUCCCAGAUAGUGCAGCCGACGACGAUGAAAUCUCCGUUCUGUAUGUCAGACCAGUUCCCAUCAAGAAAGGCACCAGCAGACUCGACGCCAUCCCAGUUGAGAAUUAUCCUCUUAGACCCAAAGGGGUGAUCGAUUUAUCCCAAGACUCCUUUUAUUUUAAUGAUGAAGUGAAACUGCUGUACUCAUUCACAAAAACUCGGAAUAGGGUUUUCAAAGGCGAGUCUUCCAACACAAAAUCACCCAAGGAGACUGAGUUAAGCAUCCCUUCAAGUUUAACCUUCAUGUGCGAAAUUUGUGCUGAUGAGAAGCCUGUUAAUGACCUGUUCCGAGUUUUGGGAUGCACUCAUUCUUACUGUUCAGAGUGCAUGGGGAAAUAUGUGGCCUCCAAGUUGCAAGAGAAUAUUACUGCUAUUAACUGCCCUGUUUCUGGCUGCAAUGGGUUCUUGGAGCCUCAACAUUGCCGUUCUAUCCUGCCAAAGCAGGUUUUUGACAGAUGGGGCGAUGCGUUGUGUGAGGCUGUGAUUCUGGCGUCGGAGAAGUUUUAUUGCCCGUAUAAGGAUUGUUCGGCUUUGUUGAUCGAUGACCAGAGUGUGGACAAUGAGGUUAUAAUGCAAUCUGAAUGCCCUGAUUGUAACAGGCUUUUCUGUGUGCAGUGCAAGGUUCCUUGGCAUUCGGACAUGGCGUGCUCGGAUUUUCAGAAGUUGAAGGAGGGUGAGAGGAGCAAUGAGGAUAUAAUGCUGAUGAAUCUUGCCAAGAGUAAGAAGUGGAUGAGGUGUCCCAAGUGCAAAUUCUAUGUUGAGAAGUCAUCGGGUUGCUUGUUCAUGAGAUGCAGGUGUGGAUAUGCUUUUUGCUACAACUGUGGAGCUCAGCUGCAGACAGAGCACUACUGUCGUGAUUGCAAGCACUAAAUCCCAUAUAGUUAUUGCUUCAUAUCUUAGAGGUGCAAAAGUUGGUCAGUCGAUGAUGUUUCAUAUACAUGACUACAUUGAAAGAUCAAAUGUGGGACUCAAUUUCUUCAAAACUGCUCUCUUUUGACAUCAUGGACAAAUGAAGGUCCUAGGAGGUGGCGUACUAUAUAAGUUCCGCCGUCUAAGUAUAUAUAUAUAGAUAGAUAGACAUGUUCCAACUUAUAUAUGAAUUUAGCAUGAAGUGGAAUAGCUACGGAUAAUUCAUCAACUGAUCUUUUGAUAUUGCUGGAUGGCCCUUGAAUGUUCGGACCAAUUGUCAUAUCAGAACGCCAACUUGUGAACCGCUUUGAAAAUAGUAUGUUAAUUACUGUGCAAAUAGUCUAGCAGUUUGUUUUC